GGGAAGAGUCCACUUGACGGCCGUCACCCGCGGCACACACACAGGCAGACACACUCCACCACACAGUCACCACGAGAGAGAGAUAUGGCCGGCAGGUGAGUCAGCCAGGCAGUCAAACACACUCACACAUCGGCCGAGGCAUCACAUCAAAUCGGCCGGCAGCGGACCGGACCGCACCAGAUGCACCCACACCCAUCAGAGCCACGCCAGCCAUUCGAGCACACAGCAGCAGCAGCUGGUCCACACAGUGAGCGGUGGGCGAUGUGUCCUGACGAACAAACCGAUCGGCGACAGAGAUGAAUGACGACAACCAGCACCCAACUUGAGAUGCACUCCUGACAACACACACACAGAGGGCAGGGCGGCACUCAGCCACAUGGCGACACUGGGGAUGUAUCGCUGCGCACCCACCAGUGCGUGUUGGCUGAUGGAUCGAUCAGCCGCCACCCUCCGCCUCAGCCGCGGCACCCUCACCUGCCCAAGGCACAACACACACACACACACACACACGAGUGUGAUGCAGGUCACUGCUGCAGGUCGACGUGGGGUUCUCUAUGGUGUGUGUGGCUGUCUGUGUACCUCCGCCGCCCUCUCCGCUGCCGUCAUCCAGACCAUCACCCUCAUCGCCGCUGCCAUCGUCCGAAUCUGCACACACCACACACAGACAGAGAGAGAGAGAGAGAGAGACAGAGAAGGCACAUCUUCCUUUCUUCCACCUGUGUGUGUCCGUACCAUCGUCGCUGUCAUCAUCAUGUUGUUGUUGCUGCUGCUGCUGUACUUGUCCGUCGAAUACGAAUGACGCCACUGCACCCAACGCCACGCGAGCCAUCUGAGUGGUCACCGGACAACGGUGCUUGAACAAAACACCCUCACACACAGCCGCCUCAGUCGUGUAGACAAACACAAUCACUGCGCACAAGGGCAAGAAACACUGAUGAGAUUCGACCAGCAGCAGUCCCUCUCUGUGAUUCUGACCGUCGUUGUCUUCUCUAUCCUCAAUCUCGAUCCACGCGACGAAUGGGUGGCUGGCGUCGGUCAGCACCAGCUGUCGCGCACGACCGUCCCAGCUCAUUGUGGUUGUCCAGCCGGUCACCAGUGUGUGGGGCGACUCGGUGAAGAGGUCAUUCAGACGACCGCCACCGACACCCCUGAAACAACCACACCAACACAUGACUUGUGGUGUCCCCUCUCGACCCCAUUGGUUCCCUUGGUGUGUUACCGAUUGAGUCGAGUCGAUGUCUGAUUUUUCUGGCGAUCCAUGUGGAAGUGGUCGACGAUCUUUUCCUUGGCAAACGACAACACUGACGCAUUGGUGAACCCCUGGCCACCGAAUGACAUCCAUCCGCCGAUGAUGCCCCAGUACUCGAUGCGGCUGCGCACCGGUGGGUCAUGUGGCUGUCGAUGCUGCUGGUAUAGGUGGCCGGCAGGGAGGGGCGGGUCGACCUCCAGCUCGAAGUCGGGCUCGUCGAUGAUGGCCCGCACCUCACCGUUGCCGUGUUGGAACAGCUGGAGGCAGCUGCCGUCACUGAAGCGGACGUGGGGGCCGACCAUCUUGAGCUGCGCCAACACACGGGGAGCCGACACAUAAGCCUACACACACGACCACACACAGACACACAGAGAGAAUGAGGCCCUCUCCUUCCGUCCCCUCCCCUCCCCGCCCGUCUGUUUGCCGGCUCACCGUUAUGUUUGCGUGUGUGUUGAUGUCAGCCCCACUGAGGGUCACAGGCAGCUCACAGUUGCCGCACUGCUCCCCCAGCUCAAUCACCUCGCCCACCUCGCCCCAGUCCCCUUCCUCCACCACACACACAGCCGCCAGCAGAUCAUGUUUGCCGAACUGGUCGUCGUCGAACCGCAGCAGCUGCACUUGCUGCCCAUUCACCGCCCGCCGCAGCAGCCCCGCCUGUGAGCCCAGCGAGUGGCUGAGCCGAUCUCUCAGCUGCGCUUCUCCGAAGAGCUGUUUGAGCCAGGUGCAGGUGGCCUUCAGCCGCACGACGUCCUUGACGCUGAGGAGGUACCGGCUCCUCCGGCCCACACACAGGUAUGACACGGGGUGCUGCCGCUGCUGCUGCUCGUGGUGCUGCAUGGGAUGGAUGGGCCAAGACGGUCAGAUGAGUGAGUGAGGCGGUGGUCGACGAGAGGCUGCACAGGGCGACAGCCGACAGACACACAGAGAGAGAGACAGACAGACAGACAGAAAGGCCAACGCAUUCAUUGAGGUCAGUGGAUGAGCGCAUCACUCAGUCAGCGAGUCAGUGAGUGUUGGGCCUCCCUUACCUCCGAUGUCUGUCAGCUCAACGGCCCGCCACCCACCAAAGCAGUCGAGAGGACGACUGACUGACUCCCUUGGACUGACUAGGGACUCUUCUCGCCCUCUUGUCUUGUCGGCCGAGUGCCUCACUCUCGCGGCGCACAGCUGUCCGACAAGGCGCACAAACAAAACGCCGCACUUUGGCCUCUCGGGAAUGGGGCGAUAGGGUAACAAACCCUUUGACCCCUCGUCAAACCGGCUCUUUCGGUUGUUGAGAUUUAGCCGUGUCCUCAUUCCCUUCGUUGCGUGGUCGGCCCAGCCCACACGAACGUGUCAGUCAGGCGGGGCGGCUGCUGGCGGCACUGACAGACACAAACCGGUGUGGCGGUGCCUCAGCCAGGUCAGUGAGUCAGUGAGUGAGGCCUCGAGCAUCGCCAGCCAUGAUGCUUGUCAUCUGUGUGUCUGUGUGUCAUCAGCGCUGAUGGUGACGACGAUAC